UAACAAACAGUUAACAGUGUACGUACCUACCAGGCAAGACGGCGGCUGUUUCACGUCGUCUGCAUUUCGCGGCAGUAAACUCAAUCAAGCUUUGCAGAAGGCACAAUAAAGUCGUCAUUUUAAACGAACAAUUCAAACAACUUACUCUGAAUUGUGUUCAGUGCUCAGUUUGUUUUUACUGCCUGCGGUACGGGGGUACUUAGUCUACGCAUUUGACGGAAUUCCUGAUUAGAGGCUCAAAUUGAAGGUUUGACUAUCAACUGAUUUACACAUACACACAUAGCAAUAAUACGUGUAAAAGAGUUCAAAUCUGAAAACCCAUAGAAGCCAAAUCACGCACACAGCUUGAUAAGACGGCUUUCCUUCUAGGACGACGGUGCUGAAAGGAUGCCUGAUCAUAGCGACUUGGACCGACAGAUCGAGCAAUUGAAGCGUUGCGAAAUUAUUAAAGAAAAUGAAGUAAAGGCAUUGUGCGCAAAGGCUCGCGAAAUUUUGGUAGAAGAGGGUAACGUACAGCGUGUGGAUUCACCAGUCACGGUUUGUGGAGAUAUACACGGACAAUUUUAUGACCUAAAAGAAUUAUUCAAGGUCGGAGGAGAUGUACCGGAAACAAAUUACCUUUUUAUGGGCGACUUUGUCGACAGGGGCUAUUACAGCGUCGAAACGUUUCUUUUGUUAUUAGCCCUAAAAGUUCGUUAUCCCGACCGCAUCACAUUAAUUCGAGGCAACCAUGAGUCCCGUCAGAUUACCCAGGUAUACGGAUUCUACGAUGAAUGUCUCCGAAAGUACGGCUCGGUGACCGUCUGGCGCUACUGUACGGAAAUUUUCGACUACCUCUCGCUGUCGGCUAUUAUCGAUGGAAAAAUUUUCUGCGUGCACGGUGGCCUUUCACCUUCGAUACAGUAUUUAGAUCAGAUUCGUUCGAUCGAUCGCAAACAGGAGGUUCCCCAUGACGGACCGAUGUGUGAUCUGCUCUGGAGUGAUCCAGAAGAUACUCACGGUUGGGGAGUUUCACCACGCGGUGCUGGCUACUUGUUCGGUUCCGAUGUGGUGUCACAGUUCAACGCAGCAAACGAUAUCGAUAUGAUCUGCAGAGCUCAUCAGCUUGUUAUGGAGGGAUACAAGUGGCACUUCAACGAGACGGUCCUUACGGUUUGGUCGGCACCAAAUUAUUGCUACCGGUGCGGUAACGUAGCAGCUAUUCUAGAGCUCAAUGAAAACUUGCAACGAGACUUCACAAUUUUCGAGGCAGCACCACAGGAAAGUCGUGGAAUCCCAUCGAAAAAGCCACAAGCUGACUAUUUCUUAUAAAAGCUAGCUGCACGACUGAUACCGGACCAAAUCUGACCGGUCCAGUGGAUUUUCAGCACCACUGGAACUAUCGCGCCCUGUCAUCCAGCUGUCAUUCUUGGGAAUAAUCAUGUCCUUGGUAAUGUAAUGUUCUCUUUAACCUUCUUCAAGUAGAUUUUUACUCUAGGUUUUGAAAUUGUACAAGCCUUUCAACUAGUUUUGAUUACUUAGUUAUCGAAAAAUUAUUUUAAGUCUUGUCUUUGUCAAAUUUUACGGAAAUCCAAUUCCUUUAUCAGACUAAGUGAGUUAAACCGCUUAUUUGUCAUAUGUUAGUAGAAAAACUUGUAUACUCAAUAAAUGUCACAGUUUAGCAUACAUGAUGUUACGUAUAAAAGAUGAGAAUAAUAUUAUUGCUUUAUCAAUUUUGGAUUUCUAUUCAUGUGAUUGAGUUGAACAUUGAACGGCACAGAUAAGAUUAUGUGACUCAAGUGCAAAAUUGGUAAAUUACUCAUCAACAAAUAAAGGAAAAUAUAGAUGCGCAAUAAUAAUACAGCAUCGUGCGUAAGAAAUCUACACCUACAACGGCUAAUAUUUAUACAAAAAUAAGCAACUGUAUUAUAUUUAAGUGCGGUAUGCAAGCUAUCAGAUACAAAUACAUUUUUUUGCUGUUGAAUGUCAACAUACAAUUGAU